GAACACCCGCGCCGCGGCUUGCAGGGCGGGGUCCGCUGUCGUUGCAUUGCGGAUUGCGCUAAGGAAAUAGAGGCGGGAGCGGGAAAAACCGCCCCGCCUGCCGUGGCUCCACUGCUCCAGGCCCCAGGCCCCAAUCCCGAAUUCCCGAUCCCGCGCGCCCUCCUCUUCGUCGCCCCCUACUCGGCAGGAAAACCUAGGCGCGUGGGUUCCUGGACUUUCUGGUACGGGAGGAUGGCGGGAGAGGCCGUGGACCAGUCGUUGCUCCACCUGCUGCCCCAAAUCCAUGCCCUCUUCUCCGACCCGCUUCGCGUGGUUGCUUCAGGAGUUUGUCGACAAACAUGGAACCGACCUCCAGGUGAUUUACAGUGUGUCAGGGUGGUUGAAGAGCAAUCCCGAAAAUUAUUGUGUAAAGCUCGUUUCAGGCCCAAAACUUGAAGAAGCAAGGCAUGGUUUCAAAGAUUCUUGUUCAGUUCAGAUCUACAGCAUCCAGGCCUGUAUUCCAAAAGAUACAGCUGUGCUUUGGAAUCAUGAAUUUGUGCAGGCAGAGGAGCUUUUCAACCAGCCUUUUGAUGAUGAGAACUGUUUGAGAGAUAAUAGAUUUUGUGGUGUUUUGAAUUCUUUUGUCAAGCGAACAUCCAAUGGGAAGCAUGUGAGUUCAUUGCCACCAAAGCCCUUAAACAGUGCUGCAGUGGUCGAACAGUCUAAACCUAGUGUUACUCCAAAGGAGCAGUUUGUUACUGCUCAGCAGCAAGAUUUGCUUGUAAGUUCAAAGCAUGGAGCAGGCAAUAAGUCUGAGAAGGAUAAUUCCACAUUAUUAGAUAAGGCUGGCAAUGCUCCUGUUGUCAAAGAACAAUCAAUUGAUGCCCAUGCAAGUAAAAGUAGAGCUCACAAUGGAAAGACCAUGCCUAAUAAUGGUGGAUCUCUGGCUAACAUGUGGGGCCGUGCAUCAACUAAACCUAAGCCUCCAAGUACCACUAAUUCUACAGUUGUAGAAAGUGUUGCAGCUACUCUUGAUGCACAAAUAUGUGCAAAGGAAGAAGCAGAUGGAAAUAGCAGUGAUGACGAACAGGGAAUAAAGUACAAGAGGGAAUCCACCAAUGCAAAUAACAGAAAGCGAAGAGCAGUAUUUGAUUUUUCGGACGAUGAGGAAGAUGAGAAUAUUAUAAGCAUUGCAUCUCCUGAGGUACUAAAACAGCGUACCCCAGACCCUGUUAUUGAAACUGCUGAAGACGCUGAAGUAAAUCAAAAGAACUUGGAAAAUAAAGAUGAUGUACCGAACACUGAGAAAGGUUCCUCAAUGGGGGUGGAUUCUGACUUCACUUCUGAAUGUAAAACCAAAACUGUCAAUACUAUGAACCAUUCUGGGAUUACUUUAAAAGAAAAGAGCAGCGAUCCUCCAGUCAGUAACAAGAAACAGGAUUCUGCAGUUGAGCCUGCCUCCACCGCACCGAAGAGAAGAAAGGUUUUGAAGACACGCAUAGAUGAGAGGGGAAGGGAAGUUACUGAGGCUGUUUGGGAGGGUGAAGGUUCUGCAGAUGACAAGGCAGAGAAGAAUGUCAGCACAACUGCUGCGAGCGGGGCGACUCUCCCAAGCAAACCGAAGCCAGCAACAAGCACUGACCAAAUCAAGGCUCCAAGCAAAACGGCAGCAGGCAACAAGAAACCCGCGAAGGCGAAGGCUGGAACCAAGCAAGGGAGCAUUAUGUCAUUCUUCAAGAAAGCAUGAGCCAGCGCGGUGCGCACCAAAACGAGACAGGACUGGGUUCAGCAAACUGUCUGCUGCCGCGCUUACUGAACCAGGUCGCUAGCCAGGCAUCUGAACUGGUAGCCCUACGGCUCUCUACCUGAAUAUCGUCAGGCCAGCGAGCAAGAAGGGCUCCAAGCAGGCGUCCGUUGGCUGUAUCAUUUUGUUGUAGCAUGCGUAGUGACGCUAGAGUGAAGCAGAGAGCACGUCUGUUAGUUCAGUGAUUAUCUUGCUGUAGGUGUACAUAUAGUUGUACUGAGAGGCACUCACAGCCUGUUUGCACUUUUUGGACGGGUCUGUUGUGUUGUGUGGAAGUAGAAGAGAGAAACGCUUUGGGUAUCUGAGUAUCUCUAUCCGGUAUUGCAACCUACUGGAGUUUAUGGGCCAAAGCUGGUGGAAAGUGUAGUGAAGAGGAGAGAUUGUCCGUGAGUUUAAUUAUGUGUAUCUAAUAAACUUUUAUAUUAUUUAAUUAUGAGUUUUAUUUCUUA